AGGAGCUGAGCUGUGAGUGCCAGCGCCCAGCUCUUCAUGUUCUAUCGACUCAAAGCAAUCACCGAGGUGAGCAGCACAGACCCUGCUGCCCCCCACAGCACUCACGGGGGUAAGAGGGAGGUACAGACAGAGCUGGGCUCACCCCAACCCAUGCCCUGAUUUUCUGUUCAGUGGCCCAUUAGGACCUGAAACCCAUGGCAGAGCAGGGCUACAUGGCCGGGCUGCUGACAAGCCAGGCCUUGGAUGUUCAAGAGGCCACCAGAUACUGGGCAUCUCAGGCUCUCUACUGGCUCUUCACACCUUGCAAAGGUAAGAUGGAGCGGAAGCAGUCGCCACUUCUCAGCCCUCACAGCCCCGGCCGUUACCUAGCGAGCAGGGCUACAGAGAGAACAUGGCGCCUUCAUCCCAUCCCUGACCAGAGGGACACAGAGUAGAAGUGGGUUGUUACCUACCAGGCUGACCUGGCAUCUGCCCUUCACCAGGUGCCUGGGCCCAUCUGGGACCUCCCCUGAUCCCACCCCAACCCCAACACACCUUCUACAGCAGGGAGAAGGGUGGGCAGUUGGCCCAGGAGCCAGCUGAGAGCUCACCCUAGCUGGGCGUUCCCAGCUGCGGCUGGAGUCUGACUCUUUGGCACCUCUGACCUGGCUCGAUGUGGAGAAGAAAGAAUCCGGCCCCGAGAGCUUUGCCUGAGCGCUGCUGGUUUCUUGUGCCUCCAUCGUGCACACCAAGACAGGGGCGGUGGCGACCGUGCUGAGCAAGACGCAGAAGGAUGCUAGCUGCAGAGAGAGCCCUGCCCAUGUUGCUAUGCUCAUCGCAAAGAAACCUGCUGUCGCGUGACCUCACGCCCUUCAGCUUCACCCUGCUGCUGGGCCUGCUGGAGAAGGGGGAGUGUGCUGACCAGCUGGCGGGCAUCAUGGAGGCGGUGCUGAGAGAGAAAGAAUCAGAGGUGCAGGAUCUGCACACGGCUCUUUCCUCCACACUGAGCCCACCCCGGUCGGGGGGAUGGCUGAGUGACGGGACGAGAGACCAGACAGCACACCAAGGCCACGGUCAGCAUCCUCCUGCAGAUGCCCUGGCCUUACGAGCGCCAGGCCAAGGCCAUCUGGAGAUUCCUAGGUGCAGACCCCACGCUGACCAGGGAGGUACUGCACAUCCUGCUGUGUGACAGCCCGGAGAAGGGCCAGGCUAACGCUAGACAGAGCCAGGACAGGAGCUGCCCCCAGCCAGCCUGGCUGCCCCCGGCGGGCCAUGGUGACCCACCCAAAGCAGGCCCUGAAGAGCAUCCCGUGGCUCCUUCUUCCCAGCCUCCAGGGCAGCCAGGAGGGCGAACGCAUGGCCUGCACUGUCCUGUUGGCAGAGGUGAGCCUGGAGGACCAGGAGGAGGGUUAACAAGGCCCAGAAGCUGAUGGAGCAAGAGACCAAUAGCUGCUCAGCCAAUGAGAGAUGGUCCCGGUGGUGUAUUGCUUGUAAAUUAAUCCCUCUGCGUGGGGCUCUGUGGUGGGGUUUGGGAGCACCCCACUGGAACCAGAGGGAGCUCUCUGCCCUGCUCGUGUCACUUCUGUUAAGCUCAGCUGAAGCCAGCCUCUCGUGAACAGCAGUCGGUACAGAUUUCCUCGGCAGCCCCCUGCUGAUGGGGAAUGAGCCCAAGGCCAUGUGGAAGCAGGUUGUGAAGGCCAUGCUGCAGCGGACAGAGGACAGCAACAUCCACAUUCGAGGCAGAGGGCUGCACGGCCUCAGGAACGCAGUGACCGAGUUCCCGGACAAGGCUGACAGAGCGUUGCUCACCGAGUGGCGUCCAACCACUUCUCUGCAGGUCAGGAAGAAACGAGACCAGAUCCUGGGGUGCUUUGUCUGCGCCGUGUGUGAAUGCUGCGACCCCCGCGCCGUUCUGGAUGCCAUGGAAGGGCUCUGCUGGAUGCUGCGGGACCCCAAGGCGUCUCUGAAGGCGCACGUCGCCGUCCCGCUGGCCCUGCAGGCGAGAACGUUCUUUGAGGAUGAGAACAGCGGCCUGAGGCGGGCCUCCAUGGAGCUCUUUGGCCACCUCAGCAAAUUUGUUUGCAAGAAGUCAUCCCUCUUUAGGGCUGAGGUGGAGGAGAGCAUGGGGACGCUACUCAUCCACCUACAGGACGGGGACCCCCAGGUGGCUCAGGUGAGUUCAGCUGAGGGCUCAUAGGGUCAGGGGUGGCUGGGGGCAUUAUAACAACAUGGCAAGUGUGGUGCAAACUCCACCCUUCAAGCCCCAGAUCUCCUCAGUGCUGACCUAUGGCACCCAGGAGAGGGACCCCCCCACUAGUACAGCACUCCCCCACCCCACACAGAGCUCUGCCAGCCAUCAGAUUGUAGCUGUGGGGUAGAUUUGUGGGGUUCCCUUCUCCUCCUCCAUUCCCCACAGGCACCUCCAGCCUCCCUGCCCAGCCAGACUCUCCACAGCUUUGGCUCCAUUUUACAGCCUUCCCUGUUUAGUGGCCAGGCCCAGGUCUAUCUGUGGCCCCUAGCAAGUGACCUGACCCAAGAAGGGCCUCAGGGAAGGCAGGUCGCUGGGGCCGGCUGGCUCUCCAUUGCUGCUGCCCUGCCCUCACUUGUGUGCUAGCUCCUGUCUGGGAAUGACCAGCCUUCUGUAGCAAUCCUCCCCUGCCCCGCUGAGUAGCAGCCCCCAA